UACUAUUCUCGUUAACUAUUUGAACGAGCUACUUCUCAUUGUCGUCAUUCGUCUUCGUAAAUAAACCUUUUUGAAUUGGCGAGGUCGAAGACAUGUGUCCGUCCUGAAGCUAAAGUUCUGCUAUCAAAUUCGUUAAUUGAAGCCAAAGGAUCAAGAUCAUGGCCUGAUCGACUGUCACUGUGCGCGAUAGAUCUAAAGGGGAACCAUUAUAACUUCAAGAGUUUGAAAUGGAAAAAGCAAUUUCAAACUCUUCCGACCUCUUUGGGUGCACAAAUUGCUCUAACGAUAACUCUCAAGUCCAAUGGACAUUGACAUUCGCCUCUGUAAUAACCUUAUCUACGAUCAGCAUUGCUGGUGCCAUUGUGGGAACGUUAGGAAAUGGCCUUGUCUUGCUGGCCAUCACAAGGAACGUCAAAUUUCGUUCAGUUCCAGACUUCUUGAUCUUCAGCCUUUCAACAGCCGACUUGAUAGUAUCAGCAAUAUAUGUGCCUUUUCACGUCAAAAACUUAAUUUGCUUUCCAGUUCUGAAAGACAGUGCUACAUACAACAUGAUAAUGAAAUUUGUAGGCAAGUUAGCCUUGCUUGCUUCCAUCGUUAAUGUGGUUGGGAUCACAAUAGACCGUCUGACGGCGAUCCGAUGGCCAUUACGUUACCACAAACUAAUGACCAAGAAGUUUGCUUUCUCUUACAUUUCUUUUGCCUGGUUGACAUCUGCAAUCAUCGCUGCAGUCUUUUCAUUUGCCGAAACCAAUCAAGAAAUUUUCUUGGGGAUCUAUUGCAUGACUCUACUUUUAGCCACGAUUUUCAUGUACUCAUACAUUUUAAGGGUCGCGCAUGCGCAGCGUAUACGAAUUAUAGCGAUGGUACAUGGAGAAAACCAAGAUAGAUUUAGCAAGCAAACUCCUGAUUGCUUAGAGGUUAAAGCAGCGAAGAUAUUAAAGGAAAGGAAAGCUGCGAGGACAUUUUCAAUUGUGGUUGGUGCCUUUGUAGUGACAUGGAUUCCACUCAUAUUCUAUUCAGCAAUUGCUCCCUGGUCUGAAAGUUGGUACUAUGAAGGUUUCGAAUGGGCCAAAACUUUCUCACUAUGGAACUCCUUCUUAAAUCCCUACAUUUACUUUGCCCGAAGCAAGCGAUAUAGACAGACAGCUUUGCAGAUGCUACAAAUUGUUAAGUGCUGGCCAUGUCUCCCUGCUCGCUGGCCUCAAGUCGGCGUGGAAAUAUACGGAGAAACAACGCCUAACAGCUGAAUCGCUGCCACCCUUGGCAUGGUCUAGAUCUCCGACAAACUCAUUCAUCUAAUUUGAUUGCUGCUCGUUUAUUGAUAACCCUAGCCGACCGAUUUCAAUAAGAUUUUCUAAAUUCUCUGGGAAAUACAUCGAAAAUUAACUAUAGUAUCAAUAAUUCGCUUUGCACGUGGAGCCUAAGCAGAUUUAUCAAAUACAACACCUUCAUUUUAAAUUUUCCAUAGUUUUUUUUCUUCCUCUAUCUAUCCUUCCCCUCCUCUCCUCUGUUCCAAUCCCAUCCCCUCCCCCCCUACGUACGUUGUGAAUUUCAGCCAUGGUGGGGCUUGAAGUCAUUCAAGACGAAUUGAGAUCAACAGCCUUGAUUGGUAAAGAUGAUACAGGGUAGGCUAUCUAAUAGGAAUGGAAAACUUGUUAAGAGCUUUUUAAAUACCGACAUGCUCUUGUAACUAUUGACCGCUCGUGAUCACCCGACUAAUUCAUUCCCGUACAAUCAUGCAUC